GCUAGCAAGUAGCUGGCGCAGCAGUCCGCUGACUGUUGAGUCAACAGCAGCAGGAGAGCGAGGCGCGCGCGCGUACGCGCACACACACAGAUGCAAUGACACGGGCACCGCAUCGCUCCUUCGACGACUGACAUUCGCCGCCCAAAGCUUUUUCUCGUGCUUUCGCUUAGACGUUAGUACAAGUGUUGUCGCCGAAUGCGCCCAUACUUGUGCCAGCAAGCGCGCUUGCUCCUGAUUUUGAUCUAACUUGGUGCAAGCUAGCGGUUAGCUGGCUGGCUGCUAAGCCUGCAGGCGUCUAAGUGGCCGCACAAAACAUGUGGAUCGGCGCGGCGGAGACCCCCGGGACCACGCUAGCUUUACUGCGCGGGACGCGAGUUUCAAGCGGCCGCUGACUGGAAGCCACCAAAGCCUCUGUGGAGGAGAAAGAGCAACAAAUCUCCAGGACCCGAUUGCCCGCCCAACUUUUUGCCUCAGCCUGACGGCCAGGGACCAUGUUGACCAUCCUCGCUGCUGGCUCUGUGUUCUUUCCGGGCCUCUUCCUUCUGUCCAAGCAGUGCCUCAAGUCCAUCCCGGCGCUGCGAUGGAGCGAAGGAGACGCCGUCAUCGUGUCGGCCAGGUUGGUGUCGUCGGUUCAGGCGGUCAUGGCUUCCUCAGCUGGCUACAUUAUCGCUUCUUCCUGCGAUGACAUCAUCGAGGACCAGCACUGGCUGACCAGCACGUACAUCAUGUUUGCCGUCCCCUACUUUGUGUAUGAUAUCUACGCCAUGUUCAUGUGCUACUGGUACAAGCUGAGGGUCAAGGGGCACGAGGAGGCCUCAGCCGCCCCCCAGCACAUGGCCUCCGCGCUGACCAGCUACCUGCGCCGCGAGUUCCUCAUGGUGCUGCACCACGUCGUCAUGGUUACCGUCUGCUUCCCCGUUUCUGUGUUUGUACGUCAAGGAAAGGGAGACUACUUCCAGGGCAUCAUGUUCAUGGCCGAGCUCAGCACUCCGUCGGUCUGCUUAGGAAAAAUACUCAUUCAGUACAAACAGCAACACACACUCCUGCACAAAGCCAACGGGGCUCUUAUGCUGAUCACUUUUUUCAUCUGUCGGGUCCUCCUCUUCCCUUACCUCUACUACGUCUACGGAAGGUACGCGUCCAUUCCGUUCCACUUGGUCCCCCUGUCGGUGCCGUGGCACUGUAAUCUCGGGGCCGCCCUGCUCAUGGCCCCGCAGCUCUAUUGGUUCUCGCUCAUUUGUCGAGGCGCCCUACGACUCUUCACGGGCUCCUCGCGCUCCCAGAGACGGCGCUCUCCCGGCACGGCGGCGGCGGCCCAGCCGGCCAACGGCUACCGAGCGCCCUCCAUGGAGCCUGACUUGGCCACCCACUGAGAGGAGUCGGGAGGGGCUGGGGGGGAGGGGGGAGAGAGAAGAGGCGAAUGUACCAAUUUCAAGGGAUGGGGAAAUAAGUAGCAACAAGGCGAAAAGGGUAAAAAAGCUCCAGACGAUGUCCUCAAGUAGCACUGGAGUCUUUGCGGGC